UUCCCUAACAUAAAAAUAUAUGUGAUUUAUUUUCGUACACAUUCUACAAAAAACUGUCGUGCCAAACACACCCUCAUAUUUUUUUUGUCAGUUUCAACGACUGAAUAGUCUGGGAUCUCUUCUAAUCACUAGCCCCACUGUGAUUCAUUCUCUGAAUUAACAAAAGUUGUCACCAAGUUAGUCCCUAGUAGUUAAUUCAAUCAUAUUAUCUACAUUUGAUUUUGGGUUACAAUCAUUUGAGUAUAGAUGGCCAACAGAGCUCCAGUUAGAACAAAUAGCUCAGCACUCAUUGCUAUGAUUGCUGAUGAGGAUACAAUCACUGGAUUUUUAUUGGCAGGAGUUGGCAAUGUUGAUUUGAGGAGGAAAACUAACUAUCUUAUUGUGGAUUCAAAAACAACGGUGAAGCAGAUUGAAGAUGCUUUUAAAGAAUUCACCACAAGGGAGGACAUUGCAAUUGUGUUAAUCAGCCAAUAUGUUGCAAACAUGAUUAGAUUCUUGGUUGAUAGUUACAACAAACCAAUUCCAGCCAUUCUGGAGAUUCCUUCUAAGGACCAUCCAUACGAUCCUUCUCACGACUCUGUUCUUUCACGAGUGAAGUACCUCUUCUCUACUGAAUCAGUGGCAUCUGAAAGACGAUGAGUGAAAAAUGGAUUAUAUAUGUCAUAUGCCCCAAUCAUUAGUUCACCAUUUUAUUAUGUAUCUUCUAUUAUUAUUGUCCUAAGAUUUAUUCAUUAAUCUUUCUUGUGUCUUAACUCGCUUUAGUCGUUCUGCCACUUAUAUACUGCAUCUGUUUUCACUGCUUGCGUGAAUACUUUAUCUUUGUAAUAAGUUGAAUGUUGGCCUUUCUAUUGAGUUUGCACUUAUUGUACGAUUGAUCUUGGGA